CACAAGUAAUCCACGAAAUGAAGGGCACUACCAUGUUUGCUCUCUUUCUUUUCUCGUCUGCCUUAUUCUCAUACCUACCUUGGGCCACUGCUGAUUUUGUGUUGGACAUCGAUGGUAAUCCAAUUGUAAAUGGUGCCGCAUAUCAUAUCUUACCUGCUAUAUGGGCAGUGGGCGGGGGAAUAGCAUACGCCAAAACUGGAAACGAAACAUGCCCUCUAACUGUUGUAGUAGAGAACAGUGAGGUGGAUCCAGGACUACCCAUCAAAAUUUCAAGCCCAGCCCUAAUUGCUUUUAUCACUACGGACCUUCGUCUGGAGUUGGCAUUCACUACUGUACCUAAGUGUGCCCCCACUCCAUCAAAGUGGACUGUUGUCGAGGGUCUGCCUCAAGGACCAGCUGUUAAACUCACUGGUUAUGAUCAUACAGUAAGGGGCUCGUUUAAUAUUGAGAAAAGUGGGUUUAGCUUUGCCUAUAAGCUUCGCUUUUGUGCAGCAGACACUGACACUUGUGUUCAUAUUGGGCUUCAUGUUCUUGACUUCCACAAGACCUUGGUUGUGACGGAAGACUAUCCGUUAGACGUUGUUUUUAGGAAAGCUAAUCACGUUGAUGCUUGA